AUGAAUAUUCUUGGCCUUUUCAUUCUCGUUCUUCUUGCUAUUGUUGCUCCAAUCGUAGAUGCCCGAAAACGGUGCACUUCGAGCAAGGAAUGCGACUACGAGUCAGCCUGCUACAAAGGACAUUGCUACACCGUCGACGAGAUGUUCGAGACAUUCGACAUGAAGAAAAAGUUUACUUCCAGGAACAAAAACGGACUGUGA